GACAUCCAAGAUGGCAUCUCUCGUGGUUGUUCUCCUGCUAUUCGCGAGCUCAGUCCAACUGUCCUCCUCGAAACAGGUCCCUGAGGACUCGGUCCAAGAGCUAUACGAGGUAGCCAGCAGCUAUUCGGAGUGCACCAACAUCAACCGGAGAACACUGCGAUAUGCCAGAGGCAUCGUUUUGGUUGUGAGAAGCGCAUGCAGGAAGGAUGAGGACAGUUUCCGGGCGGCCUUGAACAAACUCCAAUGUUCUGACAUAACGAGUGCCGUCUCUCGAUACUGUAGUCGAAGAUACACCAGGUCUUGGGCAAUCAAUUUGGUGUGUCGGUUUGUCAGGAAAGUCAAUGAGCGCUGUGAAGAAAGCGAUGACAGUUUGUGUCAACACGCAAUAACAACUACACCUGAGCCACCGACAACGACAGCAGAGGUACCUACAACUGACCCGCCUACAACCCCACCAACACCACCAACCACAACCGAAGUUCCUACACCUAACCCACCUACAACCCAACCGACCACCACUUUGUCAGGACCAGUCCUGCCAGAAAUUGCGGAUAAAACAUUCUUAACCGCUUGCCCGCAAGAAUGUGUCCACAACGAUCUGGUCGGUUCGCGGUGUACUGGAGCAACGCUUUCCGAGGAAUGUAACAACCUUCAACCUCCGGCGACUGACGGCUCGUACACCUGCUGUUCGGGUUAACAACGUGAACGCCUCCACAUUUCAACCGAACGCUAAACUCCAUCCGAUUUCUAUUUUCAAUAUUCAACAAAAGCUUUCGAAAAGUAAACAGGAUCUUCUUAUUGAAGAGAGUCUUGUCCGUAUGCAGACUGAUUGUGGACAUCAACUGCCAGCAGUGAAGUCCAGCCUGUGCUGCAACAGCACUGUCAGCAUUGGCAGAAGCCAUCGAAAUUAUCACGGCAUCGUUGCAGGCAAAUAUCAUUGUACAUCUCGACACGAACUCUUCUCCUUCGCCAACCUUCCAAAAUGAAAAUAAAACUGGUAAUGCAGCAAUA